GGUGCUGUGAGAAGCUGCUGGUGUGUAGGGCAGGAAUUCUGCUGCUGCUGCUGCACAGCACUGUGAGCCUUCUUCCAAUCCUCUCUGCACUAAGUUCACCUAACACUGGGGCUGCCUGAGGUAAAGGAACAAAGUAUAGGUGCAAUAAGGAAAAGAAAUCUCAGCACUUAACGUGCAUGUGGGAUCAGGCUGGCUGAGGGUGUGGGAGCCUGAAACUCCCAGGCAUCUGCAGCAAGCUGGAAGGAAAAUGAUACCAGCAUGGAAAUCACACGAACACGUCUCCCCUCACUAUCCCUGAAUAAGGAAGCUGACUGCUCUCCGUUCCUUGAGGUUGACCUGCUGCUGCUGCUGUGCCGGUGAGUUUCCUGCCAGCUAACCGCAUGGAAAUUUUUAGCCCCAGUAACUAUAUAAUGCACAGUCAGGACAUGCAGGAAGGUAGGCUGCUUCGUAACAAGUGGCAGGACUUGCAUGCUGAUGGGAGGCAGCUGAACUGAUUUCAAAUUCCAUUUGCUUUUGUUUUUGUUUUGUUUUUGGAAAAAAAAGGUCCUUUCAAUCAGACAAGCAUUGUGGAACAGCCAGGGAAACGGGAACAGAUUAAUUCCUGCCGUACGGCUGAGUACGGAGGUCUACAAGAUUUAUGGGCACCUACAGUACCCGUGGCUGGGAACAACCAGUACUGUUAUCGUCUUUGGCGGUGGAGAACAUCAGUCUGCACUGUACACAAGUAAACAAGCAUGAGAGGAGCAGGUUUGCCGUUGCUGGAGAAACUGCGUGGCUGGAGACCUUGCAGGAGGGGACGCUGGAGGACUCUAAAGUCACAGCUCCUUGUGGCCAGCUUGACAUGUGCCAUGCUGUUAGUGUACGUGUGCACCCAGGACCUGUUGCAAAGUCCUUUGCCUUUCUCAUUGUUAUGGGAAAGUCCUACCAAACCAAGGCAGGUCACAGUCCUCAUCUGGUAUGAACCUUUCGGCAAAAAGAAACGGCUUGGAGACUGCCAUGUACUGUUCAACAUUACCGGCUGCCAACUGUCAACCAACAGGAGCCUUUCACAGGAGGCUGACGCCAUCUUGUUCCAUCACCGAGACAUUGGGGACUAUGUCGACUUUCCUAUGGACAAGCGUCCAGCUUCUCAAAAAUGGAUCUGGAUGAACUUUGAGUCACCAUCACAUUCCGCUUGGCUUUCCACCUUAGGGGGCAUAUUCAACUGGACCAUGUCCUACAGGGUGGAUUCAGACAUAUUUGUGCCAUACGGCUAUUUAUUUUCCAGGAAACGUGCCAAAAUAAUUAUCCCCCGCAAACGAAAGUUGGUCACUUGGGUAAUUAGCAACUGGAAUGAGGAUCACGAGCGAGUUCAGUAUUACAACCAGUUGAGGGAACACAUUGACAUUGAUAUUUACGGGAGGUAUGGAAUGGAUUUAAAAUACGACAGCAUUGUAAAGACUGUGUCAGAAUAUAAAUUUUAUCUUGCCUUCGAGAAUUCCCUGCACACGGAUUACAUCACUGAAAAGUUAUGGCGAAAUGCGUUCAAGUCCAGCGCUGUCCCCAUCGUCAUGGGCCCCAGCCGGUACAACUACGAGAUGUUCAUCCCCAGGAACUCCUUCAUUCAUGUGGAUGAUUUCUCCAGUCCCAGAAAGUUGGCCAUGUAUUUGAAAUUUCUUGAUAGGAACAUUCACAUGUACAGGAGAUAUUUCACGUGGAAAAAAAAGUUUGAUAUCCACGUGACUUCAUUUUGGGACGAGCAUUACUGCAUGGCUUGUGGAACCGUCAAGGCAGCCGGCAAUCGGUAUCAGACGAUAUCAGAUCUCGCAGCUUGGUUUGAGAGCUGAUACUUCCUCUUAGUCCUAAUGACAAUGUGAGCCAUAUCCGGCAAUAUAGGCUUUGCAAGGCUCUACGGAUUCAUAAACUCACUCACUAAUGCCAGAUUAGAGCCAGGAUCUACGGCACGGGAAACCUAAUCUGGAGAAGUCAGAUUUCUAAAGAGACCACGCUAAAAGAUAAAAUUCUUGUAAUGAAAUUCAACCCAAUCUUUUAUGUGUUCUACUUCUCUUUCAUAACAAUUUUAACAAUUUCACAGGUUGUUUUUUUGUUUUUGUUUUUUUUCAUAGUAAUAUUUAUAAUUGUUUUCUUGUUUUGAAUAUCAGUUCAAGAAGGCCUUCUAUCAUGGGAAAUAUUUAUAAACUCAUUAUUUAUAUAGGAUGUGUUUUUAACUUAAGUUUUUCAAAAGUAAGUUAUUUUGCAGGUGGAUUGGAGAUUUGUUUAGACAAAAUGAUUUGAAUAUUUAUGUUUACGUACAUAGAAGAUAAUAUUAUUACUUGAAGUCUAUACUGAGAAAUUAUUUACGGUUCCUUUGGUCUACAAACUGGUUGUGCAGCAAUUUGCAAGGUAAAUGAAUGCACAGAAGCACAGGACGUUACUUACCUUUAUGGGUAAUAUUUUGCUAUGCAAAAGUUAUUUUUGUAGAGUAUAGCAUAGCUGGAAGGCUACAUAUAGACUAACAGUCAGCAUUUAUGCAGAUGGGAGUUAAGAAAGUCACAUUGGGCGGAUGUACUAAGCUUUGGAGAGUGAUAAUGUGGAGAGAGAUGAACUACCAACCAAACAGCUCCUAACAGCCAGCAACAUGGCAUCUAGGAGCUGAUUGGCUGGUAAUUUAUCUCUCCCCACUUUUUUUUCUCUUCAAGGCUUAGUACAAAGGCCCCGUAGUGAGGACUCGGAGGCAGGAACUGAAGCAUACUUACCUGUUUUACAAUAUCCAGGUGGGUGGACUCCCCCACAUGGUGCUAUGAAAUGCAUCUUCAUAGUCCUGCCUCAUUAUACAAUGGGGGUCAUUCCGAGUUGAUCGCUAGCUGCCGUUGUUCGCUGCGUAGCGAUCAGUGAAAAAAAUGGCUAAUCUGCGCAUGCGUAUGCACCGCAAUGCGCACGCGCGUCGUACGGGUACAAAGACCUUUGUGAUUUUGCAAUGGUUCUAGUGACGAUUCCAAACGCACGGCCGAUCGCAAGGAGAUUGACAGGAUGAGGGCGUUUCUGGGUGUCAACUGACCAUUUUCUGGGAGUGUUUGGAAAAACGCAGGCGUGGACGGGUGUUUGCUGGGCGGGUAUCUGACGUCAUUACUGUGUCACUCGUCGCAACAAUCAUCGCACAGGAUAAGUAACUACAGGGCUGGUCUUGUUUUGCACAAAAUGUGUUUGCAGGCGCUCCGCUGCACAGGUGUUCGCACUCCUGCAAAGCGAAAAUACACUCCCCCGUGUGCGGCGACUAUGUGUUUGCACGGUUGCUAAAAACUGCUAGCGAGCGAUCAACUCGGAAUGACCCCCAAUGUUACUAUUUGCAGCAUUGUGCAAGGGAAAGGGGGAUAUGAUAAAGCAACCCAAAGCAGAUAGCGUCACCAAGCUCCCAGACCUCACUUUAGGGGAGGUAGGGCGAUUACAGGAGUCUGGUCUACUUUCCCGAAAAUUCAAGAGUCUCUUGGACAUUCCAGGAAAGUCGGCAAACAGAAUUUUUUUAUUUUUUUAUUUAUCAGAUUGCAGCCUACACCUUUGCUAGAGCUACUGACAACAUUGAGGGAUCCAGCACAAAAUGGGCAUUGAAAGCGUUGGAUUAUGUUGAGUAGUAAUAUUUAACCCACGUGUGUUGGCCGCUGAGAACAUGGUGUUAUGGGGUAGAUUUAUCAAAUCUUGGAGCGAAAUAAAGUACUAGUCAGCCUCUACCUGUGGCUGCGCAAGUAAAAUGACAGAAUUGGUUUCUAUGAGCAAUGUCUCUACUUUAUCUCUCUCCAAGGCUUGAUAGAUCUCCCCCUAUGACUCCAAAUUUGCUGAACCCAUAUCAACAUAUCAGAUGUUUGAUCUUAUUUUGUAAACAGCACUAGAAAAUACACAGAACCCCAGCACUGCCCUACUUUUCAGCCACAUUGAAUAAGACCGGAAUAAAAUCUGAUUCCAUAACAGGAAUAGGACUACAGGGACAGAUAGGGGUCUCGUACAGGGUAUUCCCCCCUGGCAGAGAGGAUGGUGUUUGCUGGCACUAGCGAGCCGCUGGUUAUUGGCAGUAUGUGAACGCACUGACACUGACUGAUGUUUCUACGUUGUCCGUGUUUUUGUUUGUGUAUACAAGACAGGAUGUGUUUCUGCUGUGUUAUAUGGAUUUUGUACUUUAACUAAUGCCUAAAAGUGAAUGCAUUUGUUGCACAUAAAAUAAAGGGUUUACAACAUGGGCACUAUUUGGGCGUCAGU